AUGAAGUGUGAUGUGAGAGAAGAUGAGCCACAAACUUUGGUGCGGUUCCUUGGAGGAUUGGAGUCUCAAAUUGCUAAUGUCGUGGAGCUUCACACCUAUUCUACAUUGGAGGAAUUGGUAUUGUUAGCACACAAAGUGGAGCGCCAACAAAAGGCCAAAGGUAAAGGGAAAUGGGAGCCCUCACGCACAUUUACCAAAACCACACCAUACACUAAACCAAACCCUACUACUCAAAAACCUACCCAACCUACUGCAUCUAUCCCUAAGACCAACCCAAAAACCGACACCCCUCUUGCACUUAACAAAGCACCAAGGAGAUGUUAUAGAUGUCAAGGGCUAGGCCAUAUUGCCAGUGAGUGUCCUAACAAGAAGAUUGUGAGCCUUGCGGAGUAUGAGGCUUUGGAGGUUGAGUGUGAAGAACAAAGAGAGGAGGAGGAGUCUGGAGAGGAGUAUGAAGCAGGGAGAGUUAUUGGCCCAGAUGAAGGAGAGUGCUUGGUGGUUAGACGAAGCCUUAGUAGCCUACCAAUCCAUGAGGAUCAACUACAACGCGAGGCCAUAUUCCAUACACGCUGCACCAUUGAGGGAAAGGUAUGCUCUUUGAUUAUAGAUGGUGGUAGUUGCACAAAUGUUGCCUCUCAAACUCUUGUAACUAAGCUAAACUUAACCACUAAACCUCACCCUUCACCCUACAUUAUUCAGUGGCUUAAUCAAGGUAAAGGUUUACAUGUGACCUCACGUGUACUUCUUUCUUUUAGCAUUGGCCGAACUUAUGAGGAGGAGUUAUGGUGUGAUGUUAUUCCAUUGGAUGCUUGUCAUGUACUUCUAGGUAGGCCUUGGAUGUUUGAUAGAAGAGUGAGUCAUGAUGGCUACAAAAACACUUAUUCCUUCACUAAAAACCACAAACGAAUCACCCUCACCCCUCUCAUUCCCAAAUUAUCCGAAAACCAAAGUUUCCCUACUAAGAAAACCCUAUCUCUUACUACCUUGAUGAAAUCUGCUCAUCAAGAAUAUGACUCUUUCAAGGAGUUGAUAUUGAGUGGCCUUGAUGAUACACCAACACCACAAGAAUCCAAACACCCUCUACUCAUUCCUCCACUUGACCAAUAUGCUCACGUUUUCCCUUCACAAAUACCUCCUGGCCUUCCCCCAAAACGUGACAUACAACAUAAAAUUGACCUCAUCCCAGGUGCUAGUCUUCCUAACAAACCAGCCUAUAGAACCAACCCUAAAGAAACUGAGGAGAUUAGGAGACAAGUGGAAGAGUUGUUGUCUAAAGGAAUGAUUCGAGAGUCCUUGAGCCCUUGUGCUGUUCCUACCCUACUGUGCCAAAGAAAAAUGGAGAGUGGCAUAGACCUAAGGAGUGGAUACCAUCAAAUCCGUAUACAUGAAGGGGAUAAAUGGAAGACAGCUUUCAAAACAAAGGAAGGCUUAUAUGAAUGGCUAGUCAUGCCAUUUGGAUUAUCAAAUGCCCCUAGCACUUUCAUGCGCCUAAUGAAUCAAACAUUGAAGCCAUUCUUGGGGCGCUUUGUAGUUGUAUACUUUGAUGAUAUCUUGGUUUAUAGCCACAAUGAAAUGGAGCAUGUGGAACAUUUACAACAAGUCUUCGAAGUAUUGGAGGGAGAGAAACUUUAUGGCAACUUGGAGAAGUACCAAUUCUUUUCUAACCAAGUAACUUUUCUUGGUUUUGUAGUUUCUCAUGCAGGUAUUGAAGUAGAUGAGAAGAAGUGCAAGCCAUUCGAGAUUGGGCAGUUCCUAGUUCCAUUUAUCAAGUGA